GUGGGCGCCCCCCAGUGGCGGCGGGUGGCGCCGCACGGAGUUCGCCGCUUGCACCGGGACCGAUGCCAUCUGAGACGCACGCGAUGCUGGCGACGCUGGCGAGGGUGGCAGCUCUGCGCAGAACCUGCCUCUUCUCCGGCCGGGGCGGCGGGAGGGGGCUGUGGACUGGCCGCCCGCAGUCAGAUAUGAACAAUAUAAAGCCAUUGGAAGGGGUAAAAAUUCUGGAUCUAACAAGAGUCCUGGCGGGACCUUUUGCUACUAUGAAUUUAGGAGAUCUUGGAGCAGAAGUUAUAAAAGUGGAGAGACCAGGAGCUGGUGAUGAUACACGAACUUGGGGGCCACCUUUUGUUGGGACAGAAAGUACAUAUUAUCUCAGUGUUAACCGAAAUAAAAAAAGUAUUGCUGUUAAUAUCAAGGAUCCAAAAGGGGUGAAAAUCAUCAAAGAGCUUGCAGCUGUUUGUGAUGUGUUUGUGGAAAACUAUGUCCCUGGCAAACUGUCUGCAAUGGGCCUGGGAUAUGAAGAUAUAGACGAGAUUGCUCCUCACAUCAUCUAUUGUUCCAUCACAGGGUAUGGUCAGACAGGUCCAAUUUCUCAGCGAGCUGGUUAUGAUGCUGUUGCCUCGGCUGUUUCUGGUCUGAUGCACAUCACAGGGCCUGAGAAUGGAGAUCCAGUUCGCCCAGGAGUAGCUAUGACUGAUCUUGCCACUGGCCUGUAUGCAUAUGGAGCUAUUAUGGCUGGAUUGAUACAAAAAUACAAAACUGGGAAAGGACUGUUCAUUGAUUGUAACCUACUGUCAUCCCAGGUGGCGUGUUUGUCUCACAUAGCUGCAAAUUAUCUUAUUGGUCAAAAGGAAGCAAAACGUUGGGGUACAGCUCAUGGCAGUAUCGUUCCUUACCAGGCUUUUAAAACCAAGGAUGGCUAUAUUGUAGUUGGAGCAGGAAAUAACCAGCAGUUUGCCACCGUGUGCAAGAUCUUGGAUUUGCCUGAGUUGAUUGAUAAUUCCAAGUAUAAAACUAACCACCUUCGGGUACACAAUAGAAAAGAGCUUAUUAAAAUAUUAUCUGAACGGUUUGAAGAAGAACUGACCAGCAAGUGGUUACAUCUUUUUGAAGGCAGUGGAGUCCCGUAUGGCCCAAUCAACAACAUGAAGAAUGUAUUUGCAGAACCUCAGGUAUUACACAAUGGCCUCAUUAUGGAGAUGGAGCAUCCAACUGUGGGGAAGAUUUCCGUCCCAGAUCUCAGGCACAGUGGCAUCCUUCACCAUGUGGAAGUUGACACUGGCUUCUACCACACAGUGUGGUUCUGGAGAGAGUCAAGAUGAAGUCCUGUUGAUAGAAGAACUGUGUUUAUUCUGAAGCCCUCGCUCCCACCCCAGGGAAAGCCGAAGGAGGAGCUUGACAAGCUAAAGGGUAAGCCCUGGAAAAAGGCAUAAUCUAAAGUAACAUUAAGGACUAGGGUAGUAAAAAUGCACAUGUGAAAACCAUCACGAAGACGGUCAUUUGGUUUGCUAAGGAAAUCAACAUUGGCUCUAAUAUUGGUCUAAAUCCCUGAGAAAGGUCCCUUUUCUCACACCUUUGUUUGCUUCUAGUUUCCUUUUAGACAAAGUAUUGGAAGUUAUGAAAUGUCCUUGUUAUAGAUGAGAGCAACUGACCAGCUCUGCCACACACAGGAAUGCCUCCCAUUGCUCUCCAGGCAUCAGAAGAUGAUCCACUGGGUUGCAAAUUAUGGAGGAAAAAUCCAUUAAUUUAUGAAGGUUUUGAAAUAUCCAACACUAAAGUUGAAGUUCUUGAAGUCUGGCCAGUAUAAACAAUUUUACAUAAAGCUCUGUUUACUUCUAUUCAGAAGCAGUCAAAAUGACCCAGUUGUUCUGUGGAGCAUGGAGCUCUGGUGUCUAUCAUCCACUGGUUGGAUUUCUUUAUGGUCAGGUUAUAAAGAGGAUCAUCUUAGCUACUUCCUGCUAUAAAAUUUUAUCCUCUUUUCUCCUAUGGAAGGCAAUACUCAAUGGUCCCUGUAGAAUGUAUCUUAUUGGUAGCACACAUCAAGGCUGUGUGUGUCUGUGCGUGUGUUCUCAAGAUCCCCACUGUCAUUAACAGAAGAGGACUAUAGAUAUGCUUCCUGUUAGAACACACAAUAAAGCUCUUUGAUUAAGGCUCACACUAAUUGCAUGUGAAGUCUGCUACCCAUUGAAUUCAGGUUAAAGGUAAAACUAAUAAAGAUGUUACAGGUGAACAUUGGCCUUCCUGAAAUUGCAUAAAUGUAAUUGAUGAGAAAAAACAAUGAAACAAAGUAAUGAAUAUGUUAUUAAUUUCCUGGUUCAAGUUUGAAGUCAAGAAGAGAUAAAAAGUUCAUCAGAAUUGGUGUUUUAUCAGGUAAAACUGGAUUCAUAUUUUUUUUAUUCUAGGAGCAACAAUUCAUCCUUGGUAAUUUCUCAGAAUUAUUCCAUAUUGUUUGGAAGCUCAAAAACUUGAGCCCAUCUCCAUCUGUUCCUUCGUUUAGCUUUGAAAACCUUUCUAUGCUUCUAGUAUAUGUGGAUCAGCCUGCUUUCUCCUCCUUCUUCCUAGGACUCUUUUGCUGCCUUAGUCCUUGGCUCUGACAACCCUUUGGUUUAGUUGUCCUGCCUAACUGAAAGCAUGAGAUUAAACCAAGGCAAUGAGAACUUGGUGUUCCCAACUUAAGUUUGUGUGGUCAGUUCAUCAGAACUCACCAUGCUUUCUUCUUAACAGUACAGGCUUCUUAAUUAGGUAUCUGUCCAGCUCAUGAACUGCAAGAGGUGAAGACCUUUCCCUUGCAUAUUUGGAAUAAAAAACAGCUUGCCUCUGGUGAUUUGGGACCUUGGCCCCAGUAACUCAGCUGUUCUUUAUUCCUACAGUCUACCUUCAUGUGCGACUUUGAGAAUCUCAAGGGUUAGAGAAUGGAGAACAACAAUUAAAUUGGGACUCUUCGAGUUUCUUUUAUUUGAUCCUUAGUUUGCAUUACAUAGAAAUUAACAGCAUGGGCCUGGGAGUUUAACACCCUAAGGUCAGAUCUUUACUCUGACCCAUAUUCUGUAUGAACUUAGAAAAGUUUCUGAUCCUCUCUGUGUCAGUUUUACCUGUAGGCAUAAUAUAGCUAUUUAUCUCACAGAAUUGUCAGGAUGACUGAGUGACACAAUACAUGCAAAAUGCUUACUACAGAAUAAGGCCUUGUUAAAUGUUGGCUGCUAUAAUUGUUGUAAAUAGUGUUAAAUUGGCCUUCUAGAAGUUAAGGGUGGGACUUUCCAGGAUGUACUUUACCUGUUUUAAUGUAUGAAUUUUGUAAUGUAAACAUGCUUAACUUCCCAUGUGUUUUACUAUAAGUAUAAGCAGUGGAUUGAUUUAUCCCUAUCUCAGUCCCAAAACAUCAGUCAAUCCUGGUCUACCUACUUCAGGGCAUAUCCCACUGAACUGGCUCCCCACUGUGGGAGCAGGAUAUGCAACCACAGACAGAGUCUCCAGUAAAUUCAGUUUCCAUAAGCUUAAAUCACAGAAACACUCUGGAGGCAAUGCCAAGUUUCUUCCAGAAAGAGAAAUACUAUGAUCAUAGCUCACAAAAUCAGGCUGAACUUUCACAUUCUCUCUUGUAUCACUAGUGAAAAAAAAAUCUACUGUCAAGGAAUCUCCACCCUAGGCAAGAUUUAUGUUCCACUUUCCUGACAUUUGGUGCUUUUCCUGGGAUCAGACUCAUUCCAAUAUAUUUAUGCUUGAAGAGUCCACUGGAAAACUUUCCAAGCCAGCAAUAGGAAACUGCUACCUGGCUGAUUCUCUCCUCAGCUGCUGGCAUAGUGGAGAAAAGACUUCAGGAACCUUCAGCAGACUGUCUCCCUGUCCAGAUUUGUAUCAGCAUUAAUACUUUGCUCAUGAUUGAAAAGCAUGUUCAGGCUUCCAGACUCAAAUAUGUUUCCUUUGCUCAUAACCCUCUGGUGAGGGAACAAAUGGUUUUGGAUCCCUAGAGAGAUGGGAUGUCCCUUUAUGACUGAGUUUCCCUGAACUCAGUGGGGUGCUGUGGGCUCUCUGGAUGCCAUUAUGAUGAGGCUGGAGAUGCUCCUUGCUUGGCUAAAUCCUCACAUGUUAAUAUUUGGCCCGCCUGUUCUGCAGUGAUUGAUAUUAAGGGAUGAGAGUUUUUCCUGAAUUUUUUCCCGCAUUUUUCAAGCAGAGGUCACAAUGACCUGCUGAGAAGGCAAGAAUGGCUAUAGCAAUUUAGAAGAAACAUGACAAUCACCUCUUGCUUGGUAGAAACAGGCAAGGGAGUGAUAGCCCCAAAGGAGGAGAGAGACUGGUUAUUCUAAAGAGUGCGAUGGAGUCACAAAGUAUGAGUGAGCAGGAGAGUAGUUGGGGAUGAGAGAUGUGGAGUAGGACUUAUCGUUACUUUACAGUUUGUGGUUUGUUAAUCUGAACUCUUCUUCUCUGCCCCAAAGGGAAUCUUUCAUCUGUCAUAGUGGUUAAGAGCAGAGCCUUGGUGUCAGAUGUACUUGGGUAAGAGCUCUGCCACUUAGAAGUAUGCCUUGGUCAGCUUGCCUGGCCUCUCUAAACCUUGGUUUCCUCAUUAUUAAAGAUAAUAAUUCCUGUUAUAUACAUUAAUGAAAAAUAAACAUCAGAUCACCUAUAAUGGUACCUGCCAAAUAAUUCAAUGACACUAAAGAGUGGCUAGUGAUAGUAGUGGUAGUUGGAAUAGUGGCCGAGGUUAUGGUAUUGGUGUUGAGGAUGGUGGUAAUGGCAGUAGAAGCAGAAAAGGCUGUAAUACUUGCAGGCUCCAGCGUUUUCACCGUAUGAUUCAACGGUCCUCCAAGGGCGCCACAGCAGAUGUACUGGCUUGGAGAGAAACCAGAGUUUGUUGGCCUCACCGCUCUACUGCCUCCUCAAAAGUAUACUUUUUCCACCACUUCUUCCUUCUUUUAAUGGAGCCAGAUUUACAAAUGGAAAAAAUAAAACGGGCCCAUAUUUCUGACACCUGCCUCACCUGUGAUCCUGAGACUUGGCAGCAAAGAUUUCCCAAGGGCCAUGGCAGAAACUAGUCUAUAAGUCUUCCUCUUUGGGGACCCUUGUUCCCUUUCCUGGAUCCCCAGCCAGACAGCCCAGGUGGUUUUUCAUGCCAUCAGACUCACGUUAAAUUCAACCUCAGUUCUUAAAGGAAAAGGUACCAUUUCCUUUCACCAGUCCCUGGAGCCCACCUCCAUCCUAUGAUUGGCCUUCUCCCAGAAUGACUCAUCAACCCAGAGUUUGUCCUUUUGAUGACCCCUGACGUCUUCCUGAGAUGGGGUGAGACCUGCUGGGAGGAAAGGCAAUCAUUAUUUCAUCCCAAGCUGAGGCCACAUAAAACACUUCCCUUCUCUAAUGAAUGGGCUCCAAAGGGCAAUCUGACUUGUCUUGGUGUGACCCUCCUAGGCCAAGGGUGGGGAUGAGAAUUUAAGCUAAUGUUGGUGUUGGAAACAUUUAGAUAUCAAUUUCUCAACUUUUUCUCAUUAUAACAGAUAGUUAAUGCUGUUGUGGAUGGACCUUUCUUUACCUUUCCCCCGACUUUUAAGAGACUUUACAGAAGCAGAAUAGGAAACCACUCUAUUAACAGUGUGUGGCCUGGAAAGUGUCAGUGUUUCAUAUAAUGUGGAGGCCUAGUAUAUAUAAACAUGAGCCUCAAGGAAUAUGGAGAGUCAUGCUUUGAAAUGAGGCAAAAUAGUGCAAUGGCUAAAACAAUGCAUGAUAGAGUAGAACAGAUUGGGUUUGAAUUAAGAAUGUGGACAUGCCACUUUAUUUUCUAGGCUUCAUUUUCCUCAUGGGUAUACUGGGGCUAUUGAUGGUACCCUAUCUCGUAGGUACUAUGUUAGAUAAGACUUAUAAAAUGCACAGCAUGGUGCCUGAUGUACCAUGGUAGGAUGUGGCAGGGGCCACUAGCGGGGAAUAAGCACCAUCACUUGGAGCUCCAAGAAGACAACACUAAGCUACUGUGGGGAUGAACACUUAGAUUCAGGGUAUUCAUGAGUUGACAUUCAGAUUGGGACUUGAAGGAGAGUGUGGCUUCCACAGUGGCUAAGUAAGUAUUACAGGUAGAGAAUGAAAACAGAGCUGUGAAAGGUAAAUUCAUCAAGCAAUGAAUUGUGUGUGGAUAGCAAGAUGCAUGUGUGUGGGUAGAAUAGUGAAUGAAGAAAUAAGCUGGGCCAAAAUAUUGGAUGGCUUGACUAAUACACUAAGAAGUUCUUCCAGAAUGCGAUGCCUCCAUAGUGGUCAUUCUCCUAGGCCUGCUAACUAGCCAACUCCCAGAAUUAUUAACCCCAACAGGCAAGAUAAUUUGGAGAUACCCAUGUUGGUAUGCAGUAAGCAUCCCAGCAUAUGCUUUAGGAUUGUUUCUACCCCUGUAAUUCAGACCUACUGACAGGUCUGAACUAUUGGAAGGACAGGCCCAGAAAAGUCUGUUUAUAUGAGAAAUCAGGGUACUGCCAGGGAAAAUAACCACUUCAGGAACUUGACUCUUGGUCAAAGAUGUAGCUUGAGAGAGUAGGAACAAUUAUAAAUCCACGGGAUCUCCUACUUCCGUCUCCCUUGGACCUAUACCUGAGUCCAAUAUUAGAUAAAGGUCCUGUACACCAGAAAUGGCAGGGAGUCCUAAGCCCAUGAAAUAGAACCUUUGAGGACCUCAAGGUGGAAAAGAGGACCAGUAUAACCAGUGGCUGGAAGAGUGGCAAGUAGUGAAGUUGAAGAUUGAAGCAGAGGCCAGAUGAUAAAGAACAUUCUAAGUCCUGAAGGAUAGUCUGAAAUUAUUAAUAUUUCUAAAUAAAAUGGAAAGUUACCAAGGGGAAUUUAAGCAGCUGAGUGAUAUGACAUACUUAUGAGUCAGAAAGACCAUACAUAUUUGGAGACUGUGUUGGGUAGGAAAAGGUCUGGAAGCUGGAAACCAGUUAGGAAACUACUGUAGUAGUAAGAGCAAGAGGUUGUGAUGACCUUCAUUGCUACAAGGGUAGUGGAAGGAGUCAUGGAGACAAGUAUAGAUUCAAAAUGUCUUUUUAACAUAGAAUCACAGAGCUCAAUAAUGGAUUAGAAAAGUAGUGAAGACAGAGAGGUUGGAGUUAAGAAAGUCUCCUAAGUUUCUGGAUUCAGCAACCAGGCCAACAGUGGUAGUAUUGACUGAGACAGAAUACACAGGGGUGAGAAGGUGCUUUGGCUGGAAGACACAAGAGUUCUGAUUUUGAGAAGUUCAAAUAGGUCCUUAGGUAGGCAUAUGUUUAUCUAAGACCUUUCAAUGCCCUGGGAGUUGUCUGGACUAGAGAGACAAAGGUGGGAGGGCUGAGCUUCCUGAAAGAGAGGAAAAAGACAGGGCUCUGGAACUAACCUCCAAGCAACUCCAAAAUUUUGUGUUUGGGAGGAGAAGGCAGAGCCAGUAAAGACACUGAAAAGAAGUGCCCAAUAAAUUUGGAUGAAAAGCAGGGGAAUGUGGUACCGGAAAGUGGGGGUUGGAGAGUGCUUUCAAAUAAGGGAGGGCUCAGCAGGGUCAGGUGCCACUAAAGGGCUCACUAUGGCAGGUGUGGCACUAAGCAUUCUACAUGCAGCAUCUUAUUUUAUCUCUGAAGUGGCAGAGCUGGGGUUGAAAACAAGGUACAUCUGACUCCAAAGCCAAUGCAUUUUAUACUACCCUAUGCUCCAUAGGCAUCCAUGCCCUCAUUUUGCAGAUAAAAUAUUGAAUGUCAGAGAAUAAAGUGGUUACACAGACCGAGAGGAACUCAUGUUCGACUGAAACCUGGGGCAUCUCACUCCUAAAUCUAUGUCACUUCUCCUACAGCAGGCUUCCUCUCCUACUCUGCUUCCAACAUGGACUUGGAAAACUCUGGGAAUAUAUGCAAAUGGUUCUCCAUGAAGUAGAAAGAAAGGUACUUUUUCUACCACAAAAGGUAGAGAUAGGGAGGCCGAGGCAGAAGAAUCACUUGAACCCGGGAAGCGAAAGUUGCAGUGAGCCGAGAUCAUGCCACUGCACUCCAGUGUGGCGACAGAGCGAGACUCCAUCC